ACAUUUACUCGGUUCAGCAAACAUAACAGGGUUUGCUUUGCUCGCACCUGGAAGUACCUGAUGCACCAAUGAUGGAGGAGCAAUUGAAAAAUUCACCUUUUUGGAUGUGAAGACAUAUCAGCAGAGAUCUGCCUCCUCAUCCUCUUUCCUGUGCUCACCUUCAACAUGACUUCACUAUCGGGGUCCAAGGAGAGAUCUGUGGCCGGCCGGGGCAGGAAAUACACAAUGCCUGACACAUCCCCUACUAAAUCGGCCUCUUUUUUCCCUGACACUUGGUACCGUAAGACGUAUGAUGAAACUACCCGGUCCAGCUCCCGUCCCGCCCCAGAGGGUGCUGGCUCUAUGCCCAGCUCCACGGGCACACCAUCUCCUGGCUCGGGGAUUUCCUCACCGGGAUCCCUCUCUGGAUCACCGGGGACCAUCUCGCCGGGGAUUUGCACCGGCUCUCCCGGGUCUCUCGGCGGUUCCCCGGGUUUCGGGACGGGCUCCCCGGCCUCAGGCAGCGGAAGUUCUCCUGGGAGUGAAAGAGGGAUUUGGUGUGAGAACUGCAACACAAGGCUGAAGGAGCUGAAAAGACAAGCGCUAAAGCUUCUAAUCCCAGGACCUUACUCCAGCAAGGACCCAUCCUUCCCCCUCCUCCUCCAUGAUAAGCUACAGGUCCCCAACAGCUCCCGCCGGGCAUGGAAUGAGCGCGACAGCCGCUGUGAUGUGUGCGCCACUCACCUCAACCAGCUUAAACAGGAAGCCGUGCGCAUGGUCCUCACCCUGGACCAGUGGGACUUGUCUCCCUCCUCGUCUCCGCCUCCCCUCUUUGGACGCUACACCUCCCAGGCAGCUUUAGGAGCAUCUGGAUCCCGGGAGUGGCCUUCGCCGUUCCUCCCGACAUCUUCCUCGUCAGCUGCUGCUGCCGCCGCUACGCUCCCUACUCGCUCCUCGUCCCCGUCGCCUUCCCCAAGUCCAGGCCAGACCCCGACUCCCACCCCCACCCCCAGUCACGGACCACCUCCAACAGGUCACGAGAGUCCCACAAACCAGCAAAGUCAUGGUGCAGGGCUCCGACCGGGGUCCAAACCCAGCUCAUUGGGACUUGGAGGUGGGGUGGAAAGACGGAACGGGUCACCCGGUUCUGGAAAAGCAGCUGCGACCCAAGUGAGUGCAAUGAACAGUCCUGGGAAUAGCAGUGCAAACAGCAGCAACAACACAGCACGCCUACAACACCUAAAUAGAACUAAUGGAGGAGUCACACUAUAUCCAUACCAGAUCUCUCAGAUGGUCUCGGAGGCGUCCAGAGAAUGUUUUACCGAGGCCGCGCUGAACCGCUACAACACGAACUCGCCUUCACACACAAACUCUUCGUCACACACAAACUCACCUUCACACAGUCCGGCGACCACCACCUCUGCCAGCACAGCACAGACCACCGGCUCAUCUGCUGCCUCUUUCUUUGCCAGAGCUGCACAGAAACUCAAUUUAACAUCCAAGAAGAAGAAGCUAAAGGCCGCCACGGCGCCGGUGCCGAUGACCACAUCCUCGCCGAUGUGUGACUCGCAUCUUUUCCCGACCAACUUUAGCUCCGCCCUCUUGACGGCCCCGCCUCCAGCUCCGCCCUGCCUUCUCCGUGCAGCCAAUAAGAUCAAAGACACACCUGGCCUCGGAAAGGUGAAAGUGAUGGUGCGUGUUUGUCCAGUUACUCAGUCGGACGCGCCGGCGUCCAGUUCUUUCCUCAAAGUGGACCCCAGGAAGAAACAAAUCACCAUCAUGGACCCGUCCGCCAAUCAGCUACCUAGCGCCGCCUCCCAGAAAAAAGCAGGGAGCAGUCAGGUGCCGCCAAAGAUGUUUACCUUUGACGCCGCUUUCCCUCCUGACGCAUCUCAGGCGGAAGUAUGCGCAGGAACGGUUGCCGAGGUGAUACAAUCGGUUGUGAAUGGAGCAGAUGGAUGCGUCUUCUGCUUUGGACACUCCAAGCUGGGUAAAUCCUACACCAUGAUCGGCCACCAUGACUCCCUCCAGACGCUGGGUAUAAUCCCUUGUGCUAUCUCCUGGCUCUUUAAGCUCAUCAAUGAGAGGAGGGAGAAAACAGGGGCGCGCUUCUCUGUCCGUGUGUCUGCAGUUGAGGUUUGGGGAAAGGAGGAGAACCUGAAGGACUUACUGUCAGACGUGGCCACAGGCAGCUUGCAGGACGGGCAGUCACCUGGGGUCUAUCUGUGUGAGGACCCCAUCUGUGGCAUGCAGCUCCAAAACCAGUCGGAACUGCGUGCUCCCACGCCGGAGAAAGCAGCCUGGUUCCUGGAUGCAGCCAUCGCGGCUCGCCACAGCAGCCGACGUCCCAACGACACCACCGAAGAAGACCACAGGAACUCACACAUGCUGUUCACAUUACACAUUUACCAGUACCGCAUGGAGAAGACGGGCAAGGGAGGAAUGUCGGGAGGUCGCAGUCGCCUCCAUCUGCUGGACCUGGGCAGCUGCGACGUCGGCGUACUGGGAGGUGGAACGAGUGGCAAAGGCAGGGAGAACUCUUCGCCCGGCUCGGCGCCUUUGUGCCUUUCCCUGUCAGCCCUUGGCAACGUCAUCCUGGCCCUGGUCAACGGGAGCAAACACAUUCCAUACAAGGACAGCAAGCUGACCAUGUUGCUAAGGGAGUCGCUUGGCAACAUGAACUGCCGCACCACCAUGAUCGCUCACAUCUCGGCCUCUCCCGGAGACUUCUCGGAAAGUCUCUCCACCAUCCAGCUCGCAUCCCGGGUCCUCCGUAUGAAAAAGAAAAAAAAUAAAGUAACCGUGUACACCUCCAGCUCCUCUGGAGGAGAGAGCUCCUGCGAGGAAGGUCGCAUGCGCCGCCCCACCCACCUGCGGUCUUUCCACAACCGUGGCGACCCUGGAUCGGACCUCCCGCUGCUGCGCCUGUCCAGCGACCCGGAUGAGUACUCCAGCAGUGAGCAGUCAUGCGACACGGUCAUCUAUGUGGGCCCCAACGGUGCCGCCGUGUCAGACAGAGAGCUGACAGACAAUGAGGGUCCGCCAGAGUUUGUGCCCAUAAUUCCUGCCUUGCUGCAGGCUAAAACAUCAGAGGCGCAGCAUCAGAGUCAGGUACAGCCAGAGCCAGAGAGCCAGGAGCAGCAUGAAGGUCCAUUUCAGCCCCAGCCUGCACAAUCCCUAGUGGGACAGUCUUUAGCCCCCGUGCCUGAGGAGGGGGCCGAGUGCCUAAAGUGUAACACCUUUGCUGAGCUGCAGGAGAGACUGGACUGCAUUGAUGGCAGUGAGGAGGUGACCAAGUUUCCCUUUGAGGAGGUUCCAGCCAGUAAACUAGGUUCCACAGAUCCGUGCUUGCUUUUCCCGGGCUCAGCUGUUCCUGCUGAGCCUGACUCUGCUGCUCCGACAGAUACCGAAGCCAAAACAGGGUCUUCACCUACUCAAGGAAAUGUACUCCAGCUGUCUUCGCCCUCGACAGCCACAUUAAGGAGAAAGACCAACGACCAGCAGCUGCAGGACAUCAAGGAGGUGGUGGAGGAGGCUGAGCUGGCCCAGAGCAUGAUCCACAGUCUGGCUCAGAGUUCCGGUACUGCGGCCCUCAUUGCAGGGAAUUGGAAUGUCACGGGAAGCAAUACCUCUAACCCUCUGCACAGGGCCAAGGCCUCGCACCUGCAUGACAGUCAUGAAAGUCUGACCAUGGGAGGUAACGCUGAAGCAAAGACACGCCCACUUGGUUCACCACGCCUCGGCAUCGCCAGUCUGACUAAAACCUCAGAAUACAGGCCUCCAUUGUCGCCUUCACAACGGUGUAAAGUGCACACUCAGAAGUGUGUGAUACCAGCGACCCCCCCACUGUCUUCACACACUUUGGCUCAGGACGGACAAAUCACAGAAUCUUUGAACUCUGACAACAGUUUGGCUGCAGACAGUGGCCGCUCCUCCACCGAGUGCCCACUGUCUAGAACUUCUCCUGUGGGUAUGAGUCCCCAAGUCAAAGAUUCCAUUCCAUCGCUAUCUGCCAGCUUGGGUUCAGCCGAAACACUUUGCGAUGAUGAAGUCCCACCCAUACCUUUGGAUACACACAGGGAUGCAUCCAUGCCAGCUGGACCUCACCUGCUCAGUGAGGAAGUACUAGUAUACACGGGGGAUAGCAGAGGAGAGGAUGACUUCCACAUUGCAGCUCUCAUGGCGACACAGAAUCUGACCUGUCGUCCAAUGAGCAUCAUCAGCUUUAAUAGCGAUGGUUGCUCCGUGGACGCCCUUGCUUCAGACUCACAUGCCUCUGCAAUUCUCACAGACUCUGUGCAGGACGGAGCUGCAGAGAACUAUCACGUGACUCCAAUAAGCUGUGGGGUUACAGAGGUGGUGGCUAAGGCAGAGGUGGCGAUGGCCAAGCUGCGCAUGGAGGGGGAGGCUUUCGUGUCCCCCAUCUCCUCCUGGAUGAGUGAUCUGAGUAUGUGCAGUGAGGCGGAUCAGUCCCUCCACAGCUUCAGCCUGUCCCAAAGUCAGCAAGGGGAAGCCCUGGCUGAAGUGAACUUCUCUUGCGGAUUGGAAGGGUUGAGAAGAGGAAGUCUUGAAGUAGAACUGUCAGAAAAAGAGAGAGGAACUCCAACCAAAGACAGUCUGAGGAAACUGCCUCCAUCAAUGGCUAAGACCACCAUUCAGUCUUUAACGGCACUUGGGAACCUCCCUACUUUCAAGACCCCGAUCAGUACUCAUACAUGUGUAGCUAGUAUAUGCUGCUCAUCGUCAAAGCCCACUGUGAUGAACGCACUCCCGUUAGCUACUUUCUUCGGUGAGAUAUGCUUUGAGGACCCCUGGCUGAAGCGGGAUGUGGAUGACAGCUAUUCAGGACAGAAGCCAGCAGCUGGAAAUGGGAACCUUCAAAAUUUCGUCAGAGAUGCAGUUGAAGAUCAAGGGGGAUGUAGUUCUUGCGGAGAGGUGGUAUCAUCUCCAGAUUCCUUCAAGAGAGUGGUGGAUGGUUGUGAAAUGGUUGCUGGUAUACUAGUCCAAGGAGCGGCUUUGACUGAUAACUACAACCCAGAAAUCCAUCGCACUGCCAGUCUCCCUCGUGGCUGGCAUCGUCUGAACCGCCAUGACGGCUUAGACAACACAGGGGACUACAAGAAGACUAUCGGUGCCACCUGUUCAACUCCCUGCAGUCCUCGUGCCACACUUGACCGCCGGGGAUCGACUGGCAAACAGGGUUUUUUCUCCCACAAGAAGGGAGGGAUCCCGCCUCUGCCUCCUGUACGUAAGUCCAGCCUUGAUCUGCGGAACAGGGCAGUCAGUCCACUUCACCAACACCUUCAUGGGGUCUCCAUGCUGGGUAGCUCUACAGAUGAUAUGGUGGGAUCUGGAUGUGGCAGCAGACCACGAGGUCCCAGCACAGACAGCAGUAAACUUUUUAGUGCCAAGUUGGAGCAACUUGCAAGCAGAACUAACUCUCUGGGUCGAGCCCACAGUAGUUCCCACCACUAUGACUGUUUCUCCUUAGAAAGAGGAGGGGGUGGACUCAAAUGUGACGGCAACAUGUCUCGUACAGGACGUAGCCUCACCCGUGCAGGAUCGGUCUGUUCUUCAUCUGGAAACAAUUUUGGAGCAAAUCCAGGUCCAAGCAGCGCUCCACAGUCGCCGGCAAAAUCCAGUGGCCAGUCAAAGAUCUCGGCUGUCAGUAAGCUGCUGAUGACCAGCAGUCCUAAAGCCAGAAGUCUGUCUGCAUCCAGCACCAAGACUCUCAGCUUUUCUACCAAGUCUCUGAGCCAGGCCUCAAGUAGAAGCUCGAGCUUGCCUCCUAAUGGAAAGCCCCAGGCCCCCAUUCAGUGUCCAGUGCAGCAGCAGGGACCCUCUACUACAUCCUGGUCGACACAGUCUCUGAGCCGCAGUCAUGCGGGAAGCUUAGCUGCCAAGCUGCCACUGCGAGCUGUCAAUGGUCGUAUCUCAGAGCUUCUCCAAGGAAGUGCAAGCUCACGUUCAAGGAAUCAUUCCCAAGGAGCUGGCGCCGACACAGGGGAGGAGAAAGGGGUUGGAGGUGCAGGUGGUGGGAUCGAUGUCACAGGAAGUGCUGCUGGAGGUGGUCUGGGGGAGGAGAGGUCUACAUCUGUCCAAACUCUUCCUUCUCCCUACAGUAAAAUCACUGCUCCACGAAAACCCCAUCGCUGCAGCAGUGGCCAUGCCAGCGACAACAGCAGCGUCCUGAGUGGAGAGCUGCCCCCGGCCAUGGGGAAGACUGCCCUGUUCUAUCACAGCGGGGGAAGCAGUGGCUAUGAGAGCAUGCUGAGAGACAGCAGCGAGAACACUGGAAGUACUUCCUCAGCUCAAGACUCCGUCAGUGAGCACAGCUCGGCCACCACCUCCUCCAGACGCAGCUCCAAGAGCAACAAGAAGAGCAGGAGCAACACUGGACAUUUGGGAGGUCUCCAGCGUCGUCGGCUUAUCCCUGCACUGACCUUGGACUCUUCCACCUCCUCGUCUCCUCACCGCUCCAACAAACAGCCCAUAACGUCCUCGUCAUCCUCCUCCUCAAGCCCAGGUGCCUGCUGGGUAGAUGGGCCUCUGGGGCCGCCUGCUCCCAUGAAUGUCCGAAGUACAGCGGCCACAACGGAGACCUUUGAGAUCAAGGUGUACGAGAUAGACGACGUGGAGCGCCUGCAGAAGAGGAGGGACAAAGGCAGGGCCAAAGAGACGGUGUACGUCAGUGGUAAACUUCGCCUUCUGGAGCACCGUCAACAGCGCAUCAGCGAGGUCCGAUCCAAGUACCAGUGGUUGAAGAAAGAGCUGGAACAAACCAAACAGUACCUGAUGCUGGAGCCGCACACUUGGACCACAGAGUUCGAGCUGCAGCAGGUCUUCGAGGUGGACUCCCUGGAGUAUCUGCAAGCUCUGGAAACAGUGACGGACAAACUGGAGACCCGAGUGAACUUCUGCAAAGCUCAUCUCAUGAUGAUCACGUGCUUUGACAUGGCGUCCAGACACCGGUAGACGGGCAGACGGAGGACACGGCCAGGUGGAGGAUGACUAUGAAGGAUGAACUCACCUCACAUGUCUCCUUCAGUUGUAAGUAAGCAGAAGGACGUCCAGAUGGCGGAGGAGAGAGACGAAUCUGCUUAGAUUUAUCUCACUGGGCUGCAAAUAAGUAACUUUACCUUAGGAAUUUAUGUACCACCAUACUGCCAUCUUUUUUUUAACGUUAAUACGGACAAAGCCGUAAAAAGGUGUGACCAUUUUGGAAAAGCACUUUCAAAAACUGUCAGACAAAAGUCUGAUAUCGUUGUGCAGUUCUUUAAAAACAAAAAACGACCAAGGGGACGAAUACAUAUGAUGAUAAAAAAGUGCCUUGUUAACAAUUGAACAAUACUAUUAUCUACAUACUGCAUAGUAUGGUGCUAGCAUAGUGAAAAAAAGAUUAGUGUCUUUGAAUUCAUUGCCAUAAUGUGAUGUAUUACUGUGGGUUGUUGUUUCCAUAUAUGGGCACGCAUACAGUGCAGUAGACAGUGUGUUUGCAGGUCAUUGGUCGUGAGACUUAAAAUAACAAAACAGUCCAGAAUGUGAACGCCAGCUUAUUUACAAAAGGGACCAAAAAUAUGUGUGUGUGAAGUUUACUAUGGAGAAACUUCAGCACGUCGUGUUUAAACAGGGACAUUUACAAGCCAGGCUGUGUUCACACUUGUAAUAAAAUAACAAUAAUAAAAGAUACAUGAUGCGCACAGUAGGUCUAAUUUGCUGAGCAUUCACUAGAUCAAGAGUUUUUCUAACUCAGUGACCCAAAUAUAAGACGACCCUUCUUCAGAAAGCCCAGUUAUUGUAAAAAACAAAAAACAAAAUCAAUGUCAGUGAAAUAAUUGGUGGAGUACAGAAAAAAAAAGAUAUAUCAAUGUCUUACCCUCUUAACAGUUAGAAAUUAGCAUUAUAACCUAAGCGUGCUCAAGAAAAUCGAUUCCCAUCAAAAUAGCGAUUCUUAUUUAUUAAGAUUAAAAAUGUAUUCAUAAUUUACUUUAAAGAUGGACAAUAAUAAAAAAGAAACAUUCAAAUUCUUUAGAAUAUAUUUUACUCGCUGUGCGUGUAUGUAAUGCUGUACGUCAGAAGCCUGUAACUUCUUUUGGAAAAGGUUCUAUUAUCAUUUUUUUUCCCCCCACAAAAGAUAUUGCGAGAAUCGAAUUGAAUGGAGAAUCAGACCCCAAGAAAUGGUUGUAAGAGUCUUAUCCCCAUCAUGCUUGAAGACUUCAGAAAAAGCAGGUCUCUGUACACGACUGCGUCUCUCCAGGUCACGAGUUUGUGUGAGUGACAGGAAGAAAAGCUUUGCCUUGCUGUGGGAAUUUGUUUUUGUCAUUACUUGUUAUUUGCAUAUAAAAAUUUAUUGGCCACUGAAUAGAACACAACUCGUCCUCGUCAAGACCUUUUUUUGGGAACAAAUCUUUCAUCUUCGUGUCCAUGGAAGGACACACACGUGCACUAAAGAUGACGUCACAAGCAGUGCAGUGGGUUUGCGGAAGUAAACAUGGCUUAAAUUCUUGUCGGUCUUAGUCCUGGCGCAUCUGUAGCAAUUUGGGAGAGUUUGAGCAACAUUUUCUCAAGCGAAUUAAUUCCCAUAGGAAAUUAAGAAGGAAGAGGACAACAAUUGUCGCAAUUGCAGUUUGUGGGGUACUUAAAGUCUCUUCCGUUAAAUCAGAGCCAAGGUUUUUUUUGCUUGUUUAUAUAUUUUUAAAGGGACAAUGCACUUUGAUGAACACAAUAACACAUGAUGUUGUGUAAAUAUGUCACUUAUAGCAAAGAUGAACAUUUCCAUCCGCAGUCCCUUAACAUAAAUACAAUAAAAAUAGAUAAACACAAGCCAUAGCAACAGUUACAACGGAAUGGUUUUGUUGAAAUACUUUUUGCAUGUUUGUUCAAUUCCAAAAUAACUUUUUUCACCGUUUUUGGCUCAUUCGUUAUUCUUGCAACCUGCUGUAAUGGAUCGGAUGAGCGAGACCUGAAGGUUCAGACUAAAGUCGCAUCGGAUAUCGGAUUUUGACCACAUACAAAUUAGGCCUGAUUUGAAGAAACCGCAACUGUACUAGUCACACUAACAGGGAAAUAAUCAGAUCCAGGUCACAUUAUGGCAGACGUCUCUAACUUGCCAUAUAUUGUGGCCCUCUACUUAACUUCAUAGUUGAGGGUAAUUGCGGCCCGUGCACCCUGAUAGUUCAAUAUAUUACUAGACACUAACAAUAAUAACGGUACAGUACAACACAAAAAUGACAGCACAACAAACAACACAAAGAGCAACUUCCAUUAAGCAAGCAGUAAUGUCUCUGACCAUCUUUUGGAGAUGAAAUAAAAUUACACAAAUUUUACAUAAAAUUUAACAUUCAUGAGGCUUUAAGGCCAAAUAUAGCUUAUAUAGCUGCAGGUAGGAGGGUUAAAACAUAAUUCUGAAGUUAAUACUAAGGGCCUGAUCUACUAAGAUCCAUAUACCACGCACUAAACAGCUAAUGCAAGCUAUAAAAUUGCAUGUACUAUUCAUGGAUGUGUUGCAUGUGAUCUACUAAGACUGCGUGUACAUUUGAUAACUGGUGCAGAACACCUUGUUUAAAUGAGGUUUUUGCGUGUAAUACGCGGCUUUCGCCAUGGAGACACUCAUUUACUGCACACUCAUGUCAUCGUGCUCUUACCUGUGGCGUUUUGCUAUGUUUUGAAACAUGCAGCAGACAUGCACCACUUUUGUAUGGGCACUUUAGAAGCAGUACUGCGGUGGCUUUACAACAGAACCCACUUUUUUAGCGCUGAAGAUGCGCUAAUGGGAGAGGCUGGCACUAACUGUGAGCCUGCCUUGGAAUGUUCCAGGCGUAUUGCAAUACGUUUUUUACAUGUUUAUGGAAAAAAGAUUGUCAUUAAAAAAAUCUGCAGGCACCUAAAUGCAUAUAUUUUUUACAUCAGUCCCUUAAGUGAUCCAGCAGAUAUACAAUUAUAAAAUUAUAUUGCUGAAUAUUUUUUAUUUUUGACAUCCAUAUAUGUUGACACAUAUACGUAGGCUGGAGCUGCAACGAGAUUGCCUCUUUUCUCACAGCUAUUUCUGUCAAAGGCCAGUUUGCACGUCCUUUCUAGACAUACUAAAUACAAUAUUGACGGAAAAACAGCGACCGCAGAACAGUUUUAGUCUUGAUAAACAACACUUUGUGUGCUAAAUGAUUACAUUUGCAUUUUCUCCUCCCAGUAUUGUGGGCGUUCUGAUGAUCAGCAUAUAUUCUACAUAUUCAUGAAGACAGACACGCUAAAUGGGUUGCGCUCUCCGCUAAGAGACACAAUCCUCUGCGCACCAGCUAAGCUUAAAAGAUCAGCAUUGCGUGUGCUGUCAAGUUUGCACAUGUUUUGAAACACACAAACCUUGAGUAGAUCAGGCCCUUAGUGCGACCCAGCCUCAGUCAGACUCUACGUCCAGUGACCCCCAGGUUAUUUGAGUUUGAGACCUCCGCAUUACGGGGAAAAAAAAAUCUGAAUUGACCUACAGAGACUCUUAUUUUCCAGCAGGUCACUGUGUCACAGCUGCAUCUCUCCGAGUCACGUGUGUGUACGUGUGUGUGUGUGAGAGUGACAGUGAGAAAAGCUUUGGGAAAGUUUUUUGAUGCCACCUCUCAAUUUGCAUGCAUAAAUAUCUUGGCCCCAAAUAGAGGAUGGGAUAUUUUCUAGGGACUGUAUUACACUUUGCAAUAGGCAACAAAAUCUCCAAUCUGCUUAUACUGUUUUAAACAGGAGUUUUAAACACUCAUGAAAAUCUUCUAACAUCCAUUUUUAGAAUCCCGAACAAAGUCAAUAUACCGCACUUUUGACACUUUGGUGGUCAUUUUAGCGUUUGGGGACCAGACUAAAUGUGACUAAAUUUGACAAGUGUGAGCGCAGCCUGUUGCUUUUUUUUUUUGUCUAAACAGCACAUCAUGACCAAACUCCUGUAGGGCUCACUUAUACAGUAUAUACAUUAUACUAGUGUCUCUUUUUACCUUAUACAUCCUUCUACCACCCCCUCAAACGGAUGUGAUGUCUUUUACUAUGUUCACAAAGCAGUGAGACAUUUUUGCAGUGUUAUUACAUCCACGUCUGUUAUUUGUAUCCGUGUUCCAUUUUUAAAAGAAUAUGAAUGAUUUGUCAAUGUGUGUAUUUUAUAUCAGAGUUGAAAGCAGUCUGUGUAUUUACCUCUUCUUGGGACACAUUCAGUCCAGAUGUGCUGUUGUUUCGGCAAAUUUGCUGGCAUGAUCCUCCUUCACGACAUCAUGGAUCUGCAAAACAUCAGCCAAUCAAGUCCUUGUUGGCCUUUUAAUUAAGAUUCACAAUUAGAGUACGCCUCAGAAAGCUAUAAAUUGUAGUUAUACAUGGAAGCAGGUGGUAGUUCAUGACUAUGAGGUAUUGCAUUGUUAUUGUAUUACUGGGACAAAGUUGCAAGUUCUCUAAAUCCAGGCAAAAGGCAAUAGUUUGCAGAAAGUGUAGUAAUGCAAACCAUAAGUAGAAAUAUUCCGUGUUUAAAAAAAAUAGAUAUAUUAAUAUAUAAGUAAACAAAAGAAAGAUAACAGCUAAAUUAGGAAGCACUGAGGUCUGUAGUGUUCCACGUCUUUGUAAGAUGGUUUUAUAUUAUUCUCUCUGGUGCUUGACAUGUUUAUCACCUUCAUGUUUGUACAAAUAUAAAUAUCUGAAUGAGGAGGAAAAAAAACCUUUAAAUUGCUUCUUGGACAUUAUCACAUCUUUGCUAAGUCACAUUUGUUCCUUUUGGUGUUAAAUGUAUUCCAGAUUGGAUGUCGAAAGUCAUUUACGGCAUGGCAAUUAAAGUCAUGUGGUGUAAAAACUAAAAGUAUGUUGGAUAAAAUGUCUCCAUGAUGUGUUUAUAAACAGAAGGUGAAUGUUUUCUAUUUUGUCUUUCAUAGUGGAUAAAAGUAUUUAUUUGAGAUUAUUAAGGUUUAUUUAUUCAAAUAUCAUCAUUUUUAAAAUUACUAUGCAUUUAAGAUGAUAUAUGUUGCUGCGCCCAUUACAUACAGUAUAUUAAGUACAGUAAAGACCAAAAUUAUUCAUACCCUGGCCAUUACUUUAGCCGCUGUUAUACUGGUCUUAUUUUAGCUUUUAAACUGGAAAUGACACAAGCAAAUAGCAAAAGACUUGUUCACACCCCCUUUUAGUAGCUUAUUUUUCGGAGUAUAAGUUGCACCGGAGUAUAAGCCGCACCUGCCGAAAAUACAUAAUAAAGAAGGAAAAAAACAUAUAUAAGUCGCAUUGGAGCCCAGCCAAACUAUGAAAAAAAACUGCGACUUAUAGUCCGAAAAAUACGGUACUUAUUUUGGAGCAAAAAUACACAGGUUACAUUUGCAAAGUGCGUUUUAGGGGACAUUAUUGCAUGCACACAAAAUAAGUCAAAUUAAAUAUAAAAAACGCCACUAAAUACAACAACAAAAUGGGAUAUUGUAUCAGUCAGUGCAUUGAAUUCAAUUAUUAGUACUUUUUAAAUACAAAAAAACUAUCACGCAUUAGCUGUCUAUGGAAUAUGUUCAUGUAAUUUCUAACUAGAGAUGUCCGAUAAUAUCGGCCUGCCGAAAUUAUCGGCCGAUAAAUGCGUUAAAAUGUAAUAUCGAAAAUUAUCGGUAUCGUCUUUUUAAAUUAUCGGUACCGUUUUUUUUGUUUUUUUUAAUUAAAUCAACAUAAAAACCACAAGAUACACUUACAAUUAGUGCACCCACCCCAAAAACCUCCCUCCCCCAUUUACACUCAUUCACACUCAGUGGCCUAGUGGUUAGAGUGUCCGCCCUGAGAUCGGUAGGUUGUGAGUUCAAACCCCGGCCGAGUCAUACCAAAGACUAUAAAAAUGGGACCCAUUACCUCCCUGCUUGGCACUCAGCAUCAAGGGUUGGAAUUGGGGGUUAAAUCACCAAAAUGAUUCCCGGGCGCGGCCACCGCUGCUGCCCACUGCUCCCCUCACCUCCCAGGGGGUGAUCAAGGGUGAUGGGUCAAAUGCAGAGAAUAAUCUCGCCACACCUAGUGUGUGUGUGACAAUCAUUGGUACUUUAACUUUAACUUUAACAAAAGGGUUGUUUAUUUCUGUUAUUAAUAUUCUGGUUCCUACAUUAUAUAUCAAUAUAUAUCAAUACAGUCUGCAAGGGAUACAGUCCGUAAGCACACAUGAUUGUGCGUGCUGCUGGUCCACUAAUAGUACUAACCUUUAACAGUUAAUUUUUACUAAUUUUCAUUAAUUACUAGUUUCUAUGUAACUGUUUUUAUAUUGUUUUACUUUCUUUUUUAUUCAAGAAAAUAUUUUUAAUUUAUUUAUCUAAUUUUAUUUUAUUAAUAUUUUAAAAAAGGACCUUAUCUUCACCAUACCUGGUUGUCCAAAUUAGGCAUAAUAAUGUCUUAAUUCCACGACUGUAUACAUCAGUAUCGGUUGAUAUCGGUAUCGGUUGAUAUCGGUAUCGGUAAUUAAAGAGUUAGACAAUAUCGGACAUCCCUAUUUCUAACCCUUUAGAAUGGUGCAAAAUAUUGUAUUUAGUCAAAAUUGUCGGCUAAAAACAUAUUUUAAAACGUCAAAAAAAGAAAGGAUUUGUUUUCCCCAAAUACAGUACUUAUAACACAAUGUCUUACAGUCUUUGACACUUUCUUGUGCCAUUUCCAGCCCAUUCAACAAAUAAAAUAUUCACUUUACUCCAACUUUGUCAUGCCAUGACUAAAUUGUACACAUCGUUGUAUGCAGUUUUUUACUUCCUUUGGUUUAUUUUGUGAAUUUAGCGUUUUGUCUUUUCUAAGACACAUUGUACUGUAUUUAACAGUAAGGCCUUGAGUGCCAACAAUGCAUAUCUCCAACGUGAAGAUGCUAUGUGUGAGAUAGGUUUCAUUAGUCAGCAAUACGUUUUCAACAGUCUGAUGUCAACUUUCAGGAAUAAUGUUUUCUAAUAAGUGAUUGAUUGCGAGAAUGCGAGGUACUUCAAAUGAACCGCAAACUGACACAUAGCAUCUUAAAUUUGGGUGGGUGAUUGCAAGUUGAUGAUGAUUGGACAUGGACAAACCCAGCAGGCACACAACGUUGAGAACUUGUUGAAUUAGGUCCUGAAGUUGAGCAACUCAAACAUAACGUUGAAACAACAUGCUUUUUGACAACGUUUAAUCAAUGUUGGGUUCAGAAGUUGUUUGACCAUUGAAAUGUGGUCAUUUCCCAACCAAUAUUGUACAACACAAAUACGUUGAAACAACAUGCUUUUUGACAUUUAUUCAAUGUCAGGUUGUGACGUUGAUUUGACCUUUGAAAUUUGAUCGUUUUCGAAUCAACUAGGUGGAUCCAACGUUGAACAUCAACGUUGUCUCAAUUUACAAAUACAACUAUUUUGCAACGUUGUUUCAAAAUCAGCUUUAAAAGAACAUCUAUGUAUAAUCAACAUUGUAUCAAUGUCUUGUGCCUGCUGGGAAUGUUCACCCAUUUACAAAAAAAAGUCAGUCGUUUACUUUAAUUAUUUUUAGUUGU